AUGAUCUAUGAUCUACCAGAGGUAGUCAAGCAUGCACUUUGUUUGUUGUUUGCCAAUGACCUUAAGUUGCUACUUGAAAUUAAAAAUGGUGCGGAUUCUAAGCUCCUUCAAGAAGACAUACAAAGAGUAGUAGAAUGGAGCCAAAAGAAUAAGCUGUAUUCUAAUGUGAACAAAUGUUCCAUGAUGACGUUCACUCGUGCAAAAACACCAGCAUACUACGAGUACACGGUGGAGUCUGUACCAAUGAAGCGGGCUGCUCAGAUACGAGAUCUCGGAGUUAUAAUGACAUCAGAUUUAACCUUUCGGGAGCAUAUUAUUAAGGUGUGUAAAAAGGCGUAUAGGAACUUGGGGUUUAUACUGAGGCAGACACAGGGGUUCAAUAGGAUAUCAACGCUAAAGGUACAUUAUGAUGCUUUAGUCAGAAGUCACCUUGAACAUAGUGCGGUAAUCUGGGCUCCACAUGAAACGAAGUACAGUGUCAUGCUAGAGCGAGUUCAGAACAAGUUCACAAGGCACUUGUACUUCAAACUGUAUGGCGUGUACCCUUUUUACCCUUUAAUGUACCCGACAUUGUUUGUGCUGGGCAUGGUGGGGUAUAGCGAGCUGAGAGUGCGCAGAGAAUUUACGUUAGCUGCUUACGUGGUGAAGUUAUUACGAGGUAUGGUACAUAACCCGAGAGUGCUGCGCCACCUGCAGCUGUGUGUGCCUGACCGUGUGUGGAGGCGACAUCGUCCGCCACUGCUCGCUGUACCUGUAGCCAGAACCAAUCUACUGGCCAAGACCCCGCUCACACGAGCCAUUUGCACGGUAAAUGAGGUUCAUAGCCGCAUUGAGAUAUUUUCGUGCAAUACUAGUGAACUAGUGAGAAUAUUAUUAAAUAUAAGUGCAUAUAAUAAUACGUUGCAAUAG